AAAAAUCUGAAACAGAAGAAUACAGUACCUCCAAAAUCCACAAGCUUAAGCUAAUCCCCUAUGCACUGCCACGUUUUUGGUCUAAUACAUUUGACGUGCCACUCUUACACCGUAGCAAAAGGAUACGUUCUCUCUUCUUCUUCUUUUUUGCUUCUUCCUCUUCUUCUUCUUCAUACUUCUGCUGCUCUCUUUUCUUUCUAUUUUUGAGCUCUCUUCGUGUUAUUUCUCAGGCAAUUCAAGAUGGGUGAUCAAAUACUUUUAAAUGACAACCAUGAAACUAGCAGUGAUCAAGGCUUUCUAAUAGACAUAUACCCUCUUAGUAGCUACUACUUUGGAUCCAAAGACCCUCUUCCAUUCAGAGACGAGACCUUAGCUGAUCGUGUCCAGAGGAUGAAAUCAAACUAUCAAGCUCAUGGAUUGAGGACGUGCGUGGAGGCAGUUAUUUUGGUUGAAUUGUUCAAACAUCCUCAUCUUUUGCUAUUGCAAAUAAAAAAUUCCAUCUUUAAGCUUCCUGGUGGUCGCUUAAGACCUGGUGAAUCAGAUAUUGAAGGAUUGAAACGUAAGCUAUCAAGAAAGCUCACUGUAAAUGAAGACAAAACUGAUUGGGAGGUGGGAGAAUGUCUUGGGAUGUGGUGGAGGCCUGACUUUGAAACUUUGUUGUAUCCAUACAUGCCUCCUGAUGGAAAAAGUCCCAAGGAAUGCACAAAACUCUACCUUGUACGGUUACCAGUGAGUCGAAAGUUCAUUGUACCAAAAAACCUUAAACUGCUUGCAGUUCCAUUGUGCCAGAUUCAUGAAAAUCACAAGACCUAUGGACCGAUAAUAUCAGGAAUACCACAGCUGCUAUCAAAGUUCUCCUUCAACAUUAUCAAUUCUUAAACUGGGCAUCUUCAUUGUGAUUGAGGUUGCUUCAUGAUCUCGCCUGAAACAAUUUUAGUAUGUCUUCGCUUCUGUAUAGCUUUAGAAAGUGAGUGGCCAUUGAGUUUUCCCUGCAUACUUGUUGAAGGGUUCAAUGUGUACCAUUUGGGGGCUUAGUUCAGGUAGAAUUGCCAGCUAUCUGUAGUUGCUCUAAGCCUCUGAUUGAAAUGGCGUACAUUGAUGUCAUUGAAGUAGAUUGUGAUUUUUCAUUCUAGCUCAAAGCUAUGAGUUAUUGUUUUUUCUCCUAA